CUCCCCCCGAGUGAAGUGCACAUUCCGGGAUUUUAGAACCAGGAGCAGUGUCGCAGAUUCCCUCAGCUAGGGUAGUAGUUAAAGUUUAGGCUCCACAGGUAUUAAAAUUCAUAAAAACAAAAGUUUUAUCCCCGUUUAUCUAGAAAUAAUCCCCGGAUAAUUUUGUUAAAAAUAUUUAAUAAUCCAUAAAAAAUUUCCUUCAUCCUAUUUCGGUCGUGAUUACUUUGACUAGUGAUCCCACAGCUUUUGGUAGAACCUGUGGAAUGGUUUAAAGUUUCCGGUUUUCUGGAGUCGGAGUUUUCCCAGAAAGCGCGCUCUCCCGAAAUAUUUCCCUCUCCCCCCCCUUUUUAUCCCUACAUUCGUGUUUGAGGCAAUUUGCAGGUGGUGGCGUUAGUGAGGCAGUUAGUUUUGCCCAGGGUUUUGUGGAAUCUGGCAAAAUGAUAAGACUUGCUGCAAGUCCUCAGCGCGCGCUUCUCGACUUAUUGCAAAGUUAUUUAUCCAGAGGAAUUUAUUGAUGGGGAAAAAAAUCCUCGACCAUGACUUAAUGUGAGGGAAAAAACAUCUUAGUUUCUGUUUUAUAGAGUUUUUAUUUUCACUUCCAAAGAGAGUGAGGUAGAAACCUUAUCUUUUAUUUGUAAAAGGCUAAAACUAGAACUCGACAUGCGGUUUAACGAGAUUCAACUGUUGCAUCUUGCCGAAAAGGCUAUGCAUGAUAAUUGUAAGAAAGGCUACCUGUUUAAGCGCACGUCGGAGAAUGCUAAGUGGCAACUUAGAUGGUUUGUCUUGUAUCAGAACCUGCUGUUCUAUUAUGAAAACGAAACAUCUACGAGGCCUUCUGGGGCGAUUUUCUUAGAAGGUUGUUAUUGUGAGAGACUUAUUCAAGCAAGUUCUGGAAAAAUCUCUGGUUCCGGACAAUAUUGUUUUCUUAUAACAUACAUGAGGGAAGGUUCGAAACAUUACGAACUAAAAGCGGAAACAGAAGCAGAAUGCAAUGGAUGGAUCAGAGCCAUUGACGUAGCCAGCUUCAGCAAGAUAUUGCUACAGAAAGAAGAACUAGAACAAAAACAUCUCCACUUGGUGCAGAUCGUUGAAAGUGAGAAGACGGCCAAAUGGCAAUACACUCAGCAAUGUGAGGAGCUCACAAAAGAAAUCAAGAAUCUUAGGGCUGAGUUAUGUUCGUUAAAAAAGGAAUGGAGAUUAACACCGAGCAAAUCAGAAGAGGAAGACAGCGAGGAAAUCCGAAAAAUAAAAAAGGUUCAAAGUUUUUUCCGAGGCUGGCUCUGCAGAAGACGAUGGAAGCAGAUCGUAGCUGAGUACAUAAGCUCACCCCAUGCAGAAAACAUGAGAAAAAGAAACAGUUUGGUAUUUCGAAUGGUUGAAUCUGAAGAGGAAUACGUGGAACAGCUACAGUUGAUGGUUUCCUGCUUCUUGAGGCCGUUCAAGAUGGCUGCCAGCUCACAAAAGCCACCUUGCACACAUGACGAGGUCAAUUCCAUCUUCCUCAAUAGUGAAACUGUAAUGUUUCUGCAUCAAAUAUUUAUAAAGGGUCUAACGGCAAGGAUGGAGAGCUGGCCGACCUUAGUUUUAGGAGAUCUCUUCGACAUGUUGCUGCCCAUGCUGACCAUCUAUCAGGAGUACGUGAGAAAUCACCACUACAGUCUCCAGGUAUUGGCAGAAUGUAAGCAGAGGGAGAAAUUUGUCGCAAUCCUCAGAAGACUCGAAGAAAAGUCCAGCCUUCAGGGGAGAACGCUGGAAACCUUCCUAACGUACCCAAUGCAUCAGGUACCACGCUACAUUAUCACACUUCAUGAACUUUUAGCUCACACGCCGCACAAUCAUGUAGAAAGAAAAUCAUUAGAAAAUGCUCGCGCCAAACUAGAAGAACUAUCUAGACAAAUGCACGAUGAAGUAAGUGAAACCGAAAAUAUUCGAAAAAACCUAGCGACUGAAAGAAUGAUCGCUGGUGGUUGUGAUAUUUUAUUGGAUGUCAAUCAAGUUUUUGUUAGACAAGGUAGUGUUGUUCAGGUGUUAGGAAGCGAAAAAUCCAAGUUACAGAGACCUCGAAUGGGAAAACGGGAAACCGAAGUCGUACGGCAAUGUUUCCUAUUCACCAAUCACAUGUUACUCUGUACUCGUUCAACCAAUGGGAAGCUUCAUUUAAUCGAGAAUCGUUCUAAAAGUGAUCAACAUAAACUUCUCUCGGAUCAGGGCAUCGGCAAGAUUCCUCUGUCUGACGCUACACUUAUCGAAGAUGUCACAGAACCCUUUACAUUCACAGUGGACGACUGUGGUUCGAUCAGCUCUGCUUCAAGUCAGUCGAGUGGUUUCAGCGAGGCGAGUGCAGCGACAUCUAGCGCCAACAGCACGCAAAAAGACUAUGGCGGUCUUGACUUCAAGAUCGUGGUCGACUUCAAGAAUGGAAGCCAGGCGACUAUCCAUCUAGUUGCCCCCAGCAUGCAAGAAAAAGCCGCCUGGACCAGCGACAUCAGCCAGUGUAUUGACAAUGUCCAUUUUAAUGACCUUUUCCAUGGAACAAUGAGUGACUCAUCAUCUGUGACCAUGCCUCACUCCAUUCGGAAUGAUCCAAGAUUGUUCAAGGAUGAUGUAGACAUUCGUUUUAGUCGAACUUUGAAUUCCUGUAAAUUACCACAGAUCCGAUACGCUAGCCCUGAGAGGCUAUUCGAGCGGCUAACGGACCUCCGCUUCUUGAGCAUUGAUUUCCUGAACACAUUCCUGUUAACGUAUAGAGUGUUCACAGAUGGAGUCACCGUCCUCGAAGCUCUAAAGAAAGUGCAUUAUGCACCAGAAGGACAAAUCAGUGCUUCACUUCAGGAUUCGACGGGCUCUUUGGAAGAAGGUCCUCCAGGUCUGCCAGGUGAUCUGGGUACUGUGGUAUUGGACUACGACUACUCACGGCGCAUCAGUACUACCAGCGUAAUGUCUGAGAGUGAGGCCAGAGAUCAUAUAGAUUCUUUAGCACAGAUGCAACAGGCACAGCAGAUUCUUGCCGCGAGAAGUCAGCAACAUUGGAGACUGAGCCACAGGAAAUUCGAAGAGGAACAAUUACGGGAGCAGGCGAUGAAGAGGAUGAGGGAACAUCUCCCGAAAUCCCCCAGUCCUGAACCGAUGACAGUUCCAGUUCCUCCACCACCAACACCAGAACCAGCCCCAGCGGCUGAAGAACCACUCAUACCAAUCACACAACCUUCUCCGGAGCCAAAAAGGUCGGAGAAAGCAGCUCUAGAGAUGACCAGCUCACUUCCAGAUGAUCCAAGUAAGCUGAACAUACCUGGGAAGAAAGUGGCGCCCUCACACUCCGCCGACACCUUGACGUCACAGUCCAGCAACCCCAGCACACCCACCAAUCUCAGUACCACAGCUAGUACUGUCACCCUGGUGGGCAGUCUCGGCAGCUCAGAUUCGCCGAAACCUAGUCCGAGCAGGAAAUCAGCCCCACAGCAAUUGCCCAUGCCUGCUCAUUCAGGACAAAUGGCCCCCAUUGCAGUUCCUGAUGAGACACCACCUCCAACCCCUCCUUCAUCUUCCUCAGCAACACCCACAACGCCUCCCACGCCUCCAUUCAAUGAAGCACCUCCUUCCAGAGUCCUUCCAGAAAAACAACAACAAGAACUUCACCAGCAAGCAACAGCUAUCCUCCAAAAACAAUACAAGCAGUCGCCACAAUUCGCAGCUGCUAUAGCGGCUGGACCUGGACCGGCAGAAAAACCUCCAGUUCCAUCGUCAUCGGGACUAGGUCAAGUAGGACCUUUACCUACAUCCAGAGCAGGCUCUUUAACCGCCGAGAGUGGGCUCAUACAUCCAAGUCAAUCAGUGCCAAAUGUCAUGACAUACUUGAAAGUGAGAGGAGCGGGAAGUAAAAGAGGAAGUAGUGAUACAGAGGGAAGUUCCAGUAUGUCGAACACACCACGCAGCAGUAUCCAAACGGAAUCCACUAUUCUGUCCACGCCACGAAGCAGCUUCCAAUAUCCAGAUUCCCCUCAACACAGUAGCAAAGCAGGUGUUGUAGUUACUUCAGCUAGAGCAUCUUCGAGAAGAUCUAGUACAGCAUCUGCGGCUGCAGCGUUUGCGGUGGCAACGGCUGGUUCAAGUAAUCCACCUGAACCACUAACAUCACAACCACAAUCUAGAACUGGCAGCAGAUUACCUAGCGCAGUGGGUGCAGACUUGAAGAUUCCUAAUGCCAAAGCCAAAAGGGAAUCCAUGAUAACCACGGCAGCUACAAUGAGAGUUCUCAACGUCUUGAGACAUUGGGUAUCCAAGCAUUCUCAAGAUUUUGAUAAUGAUCCAAAGCUUCUCCAACUCACAACCGAUUUCCUUGAAGAGCUUGUACAUAAUAACACUUUACUUCCCGCAGAGACUAAAGCCGCUUCUCAACUACUUCAGAUGAUUUCUAAACAAGACCAAGAAAAACAGACAGUGGACCUUGAUUUACUUCUAGCAACUCCCAUGACUGCUAGUAAAGAAAAUAUAGAAUCACUAUCAGCUUUAGAAAUUGCUGAAGGAAUGACAUAUCUGGAUCAUAAAAUUUUUAUUUCCAUUCGAAGCGAAGAAUUCCUUGGUCAAGCAUGGAUGAAAGACAGUAAAACUACAAAAGCCCCGAACAUUUUAUUAAUGACUCGGAGGUUUAACGACGUUAGUCGCCUUGUCGUAUCCGAAAUUAUGCGUGCAGCAAUGAUGUCUUCUCGAGUCACAAUAAUCGAGAAAUGGGCAGCUGUAGCCGACAUCUGCCGCUGUCUGCACAAUUUCAACGGCGUCCUGCAGAUUUGUGCCGCUUUCAUGAAUAGUUCAGUCUUUAGGCUGAAAAAGACUUGGGAAAAAGUUUCUAAAACAACAAAGCAAAGCAUUGACAAACUUCAAGCCUUGGUUUCAGCCGACGGAAGAUUUCGAAAUAUGAGAGACGCGUUGCACAGAUGUGAUCCUCCUUGCAUACCUUAUUUGGGUAUGUAUUUAACAGAUCUAUCCUUUAUUGAAGAAGGUACACCAAAUUUUACCGAUGAAGGAUUGCUCAAUUUUUCAAAAAUGAGAAUGAUUGCUCAUGUUAUCCGAGAAAUUCGGCACUUCCAACAAACACCAUACAAAAUAGAAAUGAGUCCAAAAGUCACGCACUAUCUUCUGGACCCUAGUCGUUUAAUGCCUGAUGAAGAGCUUUAUCAGUUGUCACUUUGCCUGGAACCUAGAUUGUCACGACUGAGCACCAAAAUUACGACGCCUGGAACUGGAUUCAUGGGGUUCUCUUCAUCAACGGCCACUGGUGGACAAGGGUCGUGAGCAGUUCUCACCCAAUUAAUUCUCACUCAUCCUUCCCUCUCACGUUAAAAAGAAAAAUAUACAAAAAAGAGAAGUCAGAUAUUGAAAACCCGCUUUAUUCACGUGAUAUUUAAUAUCAGCAUUCCCUGGAGAAAAAAAAUUGCCUUCGUAUAUCAUCCCUUUUGGAGUUUUUAAAUGUGUCAAAAAGUUUGGACUCUGACCAAGGGGUGGAGAUGACCUGCCAGAGGAGAUUCGUCUGUAGAUGACAAAGAAGGUUACAGUUAAAACUAGAAGAAGGUAGGGCGUUUAUUGUUUUUGUUCUUUUUUUUUAAAAAAAAGCCCAAGUGGAUUUUUUUAAUUGUUACAUCAAUGUACUAAUUUCAUUACCUGUUUGAAUUUCUUCGUUAUUUUGUGUCUGGCAUGAUCUGAAGGUUCUAGAACAUAUUUUUGGUUGUUAUGUGCAGAGAACUCACCUUGAAGUUUAAAUUUGAAGUAUCAUUGCGAAAACUUUGGUUCUGGUAUUACUGUAAGCUGUUCAGAGUAUAUAUGUUAACUAUGUGUCAAUGAAAAGUAUCAGUUUCGAGAAAUUACAACAGAGCUGUUAACCUGAAAAAGUCAUAUCCUUGAAGCUUUCCCAAUAUGACUGAAUACUCUAUGUAAUAUAGUGCUAUAUCUACUAUCUGAUAUCAAGUCAGAUAUGUUGUACAUAUAUAUAUUAAAUACGUCAGUACCUUCCUAUGUCUUCUGAAAAAUCUCAUAUAUAUGUUUGAAUGGUUUAUUAAUUUUCUUUAUUUCAUUGAGCGUUAACCGCUCGCUAAAAUGAUACGGUAAAUGUUAUGAAAGUAUAAUCAUGAUACGAGUAAGUUAUUUUUAAUUACUAAACUAAUCAUUUCAAAAAUAAACGAGGUAGUGCAAUAUCUUUCAAAACAUCAUUUCCAUUAAAUAAAAUAAUUAUACUUGAAAAGAUUUUCCUCGUGCGAAAAACGCAUAAAAAGGAGAAAAUUGAAAAAUUGUUUUUGUUUAGGGAAUUCUUUAAAUCCAAUUUAACAAAGAGUAAAUUAAAAAGAGAAAUUGACGUAAAAGGAGAAAUUAAUGUAAAAGGUAUUUAAAUAGAAAAAAUAAGAUUCCCGAAGCGUGUGUACCGUUUCUCCUUAAAAUAAAAGUAGAUUUUUUUUAAAGGAGUGUAUUAGCUAAAAUGAACCUUGUUAUUAGAGAGAUAAUGCACUCUCAUGUAUCAUUACGUACGCUCACUUGCGUAGGCAGUGCAGUAACCACAAAACAUCCUCUGCAGAGCUUCUGUGGAAGAUGCAUGGUGAGAUGCUAAGAAUGCAGGAAAUCUCUCUGUAAUUUACAUUAAUGGAAAACGCAAAUUUGUACCUAAACCUGUGACGCAUGCGUAAUGGGAUGAUAGAAUCCAAUUGGACAAACACAAAGCACCAAGCAGCCAAUGGUCUAAACACAUUUCUUAAAGCACUAGAGUUCACCUCUUAGAAUAAAAACGGGUAAUUUGCGUCAACGCCCGUGUGCUAUACGUGGUUUAUUAUUCACUGCAGAAAGCUUUUACGGAUGACGUUCUUGCACACCUUCCACGCCUAGAAUCCUCUAUGUAACCAGCAAAGGAUCCUCAUUUCAUUGUUAGUGCAACCGAUGAAAAAUUCUUAUAUUCUACAUGCAUCUUACAAAAAUACUCUAGGUACAGUCUGUAGCAUUACCAUCAGCUGAUUUGUACUUGAGAUGAGACAGACUCAGACAAAGCUCGUAAUUUUAAUCAACUUCGAGUUUCAUUCAGUUCUGGGCCAGACAUUGAAUGUCGUUCCUUGACAGGUCGACAUGAGAGAAAGGCAAAUAUAGGUAGUGUGGCAAACUUACGUUCAAAUGACACAGUGUGGAGUCUAGUAGUAAAAAGUAAUAUUUGCUGUACCGUGAAUGAUCUGCAAAAAUACGUUCUAACAACGACAGUAUUCGUUAAAUGUAUUUUUUCCGCCGUACAGGG